AGAUUUUUGUCGUGAUCAAAGUAAGUCGAUUAAGUUUUAUAUUCGUUCACGAAAAAUAUGUUAGGUCGGGCAAUCUGAGGCUUCCUGGAAGGUACGCGCUGCUAAUGGAAUGCUGUAAAAACCCGAGCAGCAGCUGCGCCACGAUUAGAUGACCUGACCCGAUGUUGGCCGGAUUAGCGGGUGUAAUAAAAGCGCAAAUUUGCAUACUGGCGUCUACCUGUGGCACUUAAAAGGCGUCGCCACAACGUCAGCGCUCACAGUUACAAACUGCAACGUCUAACGUGAACAACGCAACAGAAGAAGAAGGAGAGGAAGCUAGUGAAUACAAAAAUCAAAUUUAAAAUAAAAAACAUACAAAUUAUGGUGCUGAGCAACUCGACGCCCAACAAUAAUCGCCAGCAGCACGAGAUGGUCGUGGACACGGCCGCCAUGAACAGCGCCGAUCUCGACGAGCUGCUGCAGCUGAACGCCGAGAUCGAGGAGCGGCGAUCGCGGCACGCCUACUGCGAUGUCAGCGAUGGACGUGGCCUGCUGCGUGCGACAAUGACGCGAGAGGAGCUCUUCGAGGUCUCCUCCCUGGACGACGAUCGGUUUCUCACUGCACUGGAGCACCAGAACUCUUACAGCACACCGUCACGCAUACAGAUCACCGACCUGGACCUGUCCAGCAUUGAGAAUCUCAUGAGGUAUUUCGAUGAGGAGGUGCCCGUAACGCCCAGCAAAGAUGUCCGCGAUGCAUCGACCAUUCCGUGCACGGGCAAGGUGGCCAGCACCAUUGCCAAACUGGCCAGCCAGCCAGCCCAGGUGCAGGGCAAGCCACAGAAGCUGGACAGCGGCAAGAAGAAGAUCAGCGAGUUGAAGCAGAAAUACGAGCAGCCCCAGCUGGCCACACCACAGUCGGUGCGUGGCGCCAACAGGAUCGGCAGCAGCAAGCUGCCCAUGAAGGUGAAGGAGAUGGCACAAUUGUUCAACUCGAAGAUUAAUCAGGUAAUGCGCCGAGCUGAGGCGCCGCAGUACGCCACGCUGCACAAUGAGUUGUCUUUGUCGCCGGAGCCGAAGCCGAAGCCGAAGCCACAAGCACAGCCACAGCCAAAGCCCAGAGAGAAGCUGGCCGAGCAGGAGCAGCAGGAGUCCUUUGGCUAUGGGCCCUGCCUGGUGGCCGAGGAUGUGUUCCGCGAGCUGAGCGUCAAGGAUAAGGUGUUGCUCUUCAACAAAUUUGUUAGCGACAUUGCCGCCAAGCAUCCCAAAUUCAAUGAGCAUGCGGCUGACCUCAAAGCUCAGGCCACGAAGCAAAUGGCACGUGGGGAGGUCGUGGCCGAACAUCAGGCCAGUGUGAAGCAUUUGGCACAGGAGCUCGAGGCCAAGUGUGUGCUGCAGUCAAACACUCCGCCACGACCGCCACUGGUCACAUCAUCCAAAACCAAGUCUCCAGCGCCGUCGCUACAUGUGAGCACGCUGACGGUGGUGCUGAAGCCCAGCCCGGAGCGACAUGUGAGUGCCCAGCCGGGCGGACGGGGUCUGCAGUGCGCCUCGCAGAAGCGCAACUUGGCUGCCAUACGCAGCGUGCUGCCCACUGAGGCGUAUGCGCCGCCCAAGAAGAUACGACGCACCCGGCAGGAGCGCGCCGGCACCGACAAUCAUCUGUUUUUUCAAAACGAGCCGCUCGAGAGUCUCUUCUACAGCUGGCUCAGCGCCGAGAACGGUAUUCUGUUCGAUAUCACUUGCGUGUCGAACAGCGACCAGACCAUUGAGAUAGCCAGCGGCAGCGAGGAGCAGCCGGCCCAGAACACGGCCAGCUCCAUGGGCGACAUCAGCCAGAAGUCGGCCGUUGAGCGUCUGCUCGAGGAGGCCAUUGCCAAGCUGGAGCUGGAGAGCAGGACCAAGGAGGCCAGCUAUGUGGAGGACAAAGAUGUGGACACGGCAACAACCCCAACUCAAACAGCAUCCAUGAUCCAACAGCCAGUUGCUCCAGUUACGCCCACGCCGCGCAAACUCAAGCGCCAGGCACCGCCUGUGCCGGCGCCACGUCCAAGUCUCGGACAGACGCAAUCCACUUGCAUCACCUCGAGCAGCUCGUCCAGCUGCAAGCAAUCUGAGGCCGAAGAGAGCGAAUCUGGUUUAUCCACACUGCCAAAGAUAACCAGUGAUGAAUCUCAGCCAGAAAUGCCAGGCAUGGCCAACGAGGCAGCCGACUUUGAAUUCGCCAAGCCCGUGCGGCCGCCGCGCAAGAAGAAAAUGCGCCGUACGCUCACCUGGAAGAAGGAGAACUCGAUUGUGGAGGCCACGGCCAAUGCUGUGACCAGCACCGAUUCGGAUUCCGACUACAAGCCGACAGCACUGCAGGCCAAGAAGAAGCCAUCAAGUGGUUCAAUUACAGCAGCACCAACGCUGCCACAACCACAGCCACAGGCACAGCCAAUGCCAAUCCCGGAGCAAAGCUACAUUGAGCUGGACAGAUCGCUGAUGCGCCAGGUGAAUUCACCGCGCAAGAUCAAGUCGGCGUAUACGUUGACGGUGAUGUCGUCGCCUUCGCCGAAUGCGGACAGUGAUCAGUCGCCGUUGCAGACGCCGCGUGCGUCGUUCGAUCCACAGCUGCGCGACAGUUUCAUAGAUCAGGGCUUUGAGACGUGCUCCAAUGAUGCCAUGGACAACAGUCCGUUGCGUCGCUCCUCGGUGGGCAUGGUCCAUACGAAGCCCUCCGGCUUCUCCACACCGGUGAAGGGGCGCAACUGUGCCGGCGCUGCCCAGCAGCAGCUAUUCAGUCCGAUCGGUCCAAAUGGACAGCAGCAGCAGCAGCAGCUGGACAAGUCGCGUCGCAGCUCGUUGGCCAUGCAAGUGAUACGGGAGGAUCAUCCGUUGGAUUUGGGUGCCACGUGCGAUACGCCAACAACGUCGUCGAACUGCAGUGAGCGCGACUUCUUUGCCAAUGCGCCCACAGUCGAGAUGAGCUCCUCGCAGCUGGAGGAUCAGCCGGCCAGCAAGCCGUUGUCCAAGUUCUGGAUCACUGCCGGCGACUUUACCGUGGGCCUGGAAAUUGCGCACAAUACGACGGAUCGACUGCGUCUACUCUACGAGAUCUUCACGCAAAAGGCCUGGGAGACACGUGAGCUGACCUUUGGCAUUGAUGCGCACAAGUUUUGCAGAUCAACGGCGAGCGAGGCCAACGAGCUGCCGGAGCGACCGGCGAGCGUUAAGGGCUCCUCGCAUUAUUGGUUCGCCAGCGGCGAUCUGGCCGUGCCCUUCAGCGGCAAGUACAUGCCCGGCGAGAAGAUCGAGCGUCUGUUCGAGUUUCUCGACGCGGAGCUGAGCACUGGCCCAGAUCUGGAGCUGCGCUUCGGCGUCGAUCAGUUUGAGUUCAGCAGUGUGCCGGAGUUCUGGGUGACAACGCCCAAGUUCUCCAUCGAGAGCAGCUACAGCAUGCUGGUGGGCCUGCAGACGGGCGGCAGCAAUGGCUUGGAGGGGCGCAGCAAAUACGCCUGGCCCAACAACCAGUACAAUGGCUCCAACAAUGCCAUGAAGACUAGCGAUCUGGACCAAACCGAGUUCGAAUCGGACAGCUUCAGCAACAGCAACCAGAGCGGCCGUCUCUCCUUCUCGCCGGACCUCUUCAGCCAGGAGUAUGAGGCGGUGCCCUUGGACGAGCUCUUCGACAAGACAUUGCCCCCGGUUGCCCGGCCCAAGCCCCCGAUGAGCAUGCCCCAAAUGCUGUGCACUCUGCAGCAGCAGAAAAAUAAACUGAAGAGCGUGGAGGAGCGCAUUCGCAGCUUCCAGCUGCCGCCCAAGCUGAACGAGGCCACGUUCAAGCAGUGCCGCAGCAGACCGGAGUUUGCCCAGAAGCUGCGCACCAUUGAGAAUCUGGCUCGCAGCAAUGGGUUCAGCGCCUGCUCCAUGGAGGAGCUGGAGAGCUUUAUGCAGUUCCUCUUCGAGUAUGCGGACACGUGUCUGGGCAGCUGCAGUGAGCACAUCGAGAAGAUCAUCGACACGCUGAUGCAGCAGCGCAGCGUUCUGGUUUAGUUUAAAAUAAUAAGUAAUUCUUCGUCCAACUAAUCUGUUACAAACUAAUCAUAAGUAUAUAUACGCACAUAUAUAUCUGUAGGCACUAACAUAUAAUGUUGUAAACAUAUUUUUUAUUCUCAAUAAACUUUUAUUAUUCAGUGAAAGACUAGUGAGCUAAUGUUACUUCAGAAAUUCCAUUUGAAUUUAGCUAGGGCAAUUAUAAUCGAAAUAAUUCAACACAAUAUUAAUUCUAAGGCCCUGCCCUGGCUUAUGCUGUGGUGUGGUUCGGCAUUGAAAAUCUAUAAAACAUAAAGAAUUUUUAAUAUGCAUUAAUUAUUAAAACAAAAUGAAAACCACAAUGAGAUUUUCUUUUAUCGAGUCGACGUAUAUACAUAAAUAUACGUUAAAUAUAUUAUUUGUAAGAAACAAAGACUUAUUGAUAAGAAUAUUUUAAUUGAAUGUCAAACAUAGCAUAAGCCUAAAUAUACCGUCAUAAACAAAGUUAUGAUCAAGCUCAAA